UUGAAAAUUUUAACGAAAUUUAAUAACGUCAAAUUAAAAAAAAAUAAUCAAAAUAAAUUGUUGAAUUUUAAGUGAGAAAAGGGCUAAUAUGGAGCUUUCAUCAUUAUCACCAAAUUUUGAUUAUUAUGAUUUUUAUAAUGACCAACUUGAUAUAAGGAAUAAUUUUUCACCGCCAUAUCAAAUGAUAUCGUCGUCGUCAUCAUUAACAUCAUCAGAAUUAUCAUCAAUAUUAAAAAACGAUCGUGAAUCAAUUUUUAUUCACAAUAAUAAUAACAACAAUAAUAUUAAUCAUUUACAAUAUGAAACAACACCAACAAUUUUAACAACAGUAGCAACAUCAACAACAUUAGCAAUAAAUAAUUUUAUUAUUAAUAACGAAAUAUCACCAACUAUUAAUUAUAAUAAUAAUAAUAAACUUCGUAAUGCUCAAGUUGACCCAAAUUUAGCAUUUUGGGCUGUUGUUGAUGGUGUUUUAUUAGUAUUUAUCUUAGGUGGUAAUUUUUUAACUAUUAUUGCUGUUAGAUUUAGUCGUCGUUUACGUUCAAUAACAUCCAAUUUAUUUGUAUUAUCAUUAGCCAUAUCUGACAUAUUAGUUGGUUUUACUCUACCAUAUCAUUUGGCAUUUUAUAUGGGUUCUGGUUUAGGUAAAACAAAGGAGUAUUGUUUAUUAAGAUUUUUUCUUAUAAUAUUGGCAUGCUGCAAUUCAAUAUGGAAUUUAAUUGCAAUUGCUGUUGAUCGAUAUAUUGCUAUAUUUUUUCCACUACAUUAUAGCAGAUAUAUGACAAAGAAAGUAGCUAUUAUCCUUUUAGGAUUUGGUUGGAUACUUGGUAUAGCAUUUGCGACAAUACCAUUGAUCUGGAAUAAUUGGGAUACAGCGACACAAUGUGAAUUUGACGAGAUCCUUAAACCCUGGUAUAUGGCUGGUGUAAUAACUCCUGGUUUUUCAAUGGUAUGGUUAUGUAUGUUAACAGUAUAUUUGAGAAUAUGGCGCGAAGCAGCUAAACAUGCCAAACAAUUACGUUCAUCAUUUACAGGCUUACAUGAAACACCAUCGGAUUCAAAAUCUGUUCAGGUAGUUUUAUUUAUAUUAGGAUGUUUUUCCUUUUGCUGGCUACCAUACUUCAUAAUUGCAUGUGUCCAAAUAUUUAAGUAUGUUGACAAGAGUACACCAAUGUUGUACAAAGCAGCAUUUUCGCUUGCAAUGGCUAAUUCCGGUAUGAAUCCAAUAAUAUACGCAUGGAAGAACACGGGAUUUCGUCGCGCAUUUGCUAGAUUGUUGCGUUGUCAAAGUCCUGAUUACAACGAUGUUAGUCAACAUAGUAUAAGAUCGUUGAAUAAACGUCGGAAAAGUUCAGGAUCUCAACCACAUCCACAACAACAGCAACAACAACAAAAAAUAGGAAACAUAAUAACAUCAGAAUUUUCAUCAUCUAAAUCUAAAAUCAAAUUAAAUGAUGAGGCGAAUAUUGUAACACCCCCUUUGUCAUCAAUAUCUAUAACUUCAUCCAAUGCUAUUCCCAACGAUGGAAUAAAUCUACAUCAAAAGAUUUAUAACAAAAAUAAUUUUUCCGAUUCCAACACAAUAACAAAUGAAACAUCUACCAUCACACCAAAUAAUAAAACUUCUGGUAAUGAAAAUGAUAAAUUUUAUUAUGCAAAUAAAAUUAAUAGUAGAAAUAGUGCAGUUAACAAUUAUAGUAUAAACAAUAACAAAGUACGAAAAUCAAGUCUUAAAAGAACCGAAAGUAGUGAUGAUGAUAGAAUGUCAACUCCACAUGGAGUUUUUCCAAGAAAAACGUCGUUCGGUACUGUUACGACAACAAUUAUAAAUACAUCUACAGAUGAUGACGAUGGUGAUUAUGAAUAUAACUAUCAUCGUAUGGGAAAUGAAAAGACGACUGAUACUGGUAUUUCGAAUAUUGGGAAUAAUGUUGCUGGAAAUGGAUUUGGCCAUCACAAUAUUUUAAUGUCAACAAUUGUAUCGUUAGACGAUAUUUCCUUAGUUGCAACUACAGCUACAACUAAAAGUUCGUCAUCUUACAGCUUUGAUACUUGUGCUGAAACAAACGAUAUACAAGAACGCGAGCUAGAACAAAAAGAUCAACAAUUUUCUGACAAAUCAUUAAAAUUGGAAAAACCCCAAAUUAAGCAACAACACCAAAUAUUAACAAAAUGUAUUGCUAGUAUUAAAGAUGUUAAUGAAUUGAAAAUUGCUAAAAAUAGUUUUAGUAAAAAUUGUAAAGCAAUAAUGGGUAAUUCUUUAGCUGCAAGUAGCAGUAGUUGUCGUGAAGGUUUCAUUAUUGAGAAAAUUGAAUGUGAUGGCAAUGGUAACAACACAACAAAAUGUGUAUGUGUUUUGAACCCAAAAGAAUUGAAAAGAAAGUUAAAAAAUUUAAACGAUUGGAGUAGCAAUAGUACUACUAACACAAUAAGUGAUAGCAUUAGUACCGAUAGUGAUAACACUAUACCAAACAGUUUUAAUAAUCUUUCGAGUAAUGUUGUUACCAUAAGUGAACUAAAAACAACUAAGAAAUGUAAAAGUCCUAAAAUUUUAAAAACAACAGAGAACCCUAUUGAAAAAUGCACUUCAAAUAUUGAAAAAGACUUACAACAAACGACCAGUAUCAUUUCUAGUAAUAAAGUUAUUGCACCAAAUAAUGUUGAAAUUGGCGGAAAUUCUAGCUGUGGUAACAAUUGUAAAACUAAUGUACAAAAAUUUAAUAAAAAGAUACUAUGUAAUGGUAAUCAUGUAAUCAAUUGUAAAAAUAAUGAGAAAAAAUGUUGUAAAAAUAAUAUUAUUGUAUAAAAAUGUUAGAAAAGAAAAUAUUUAGAAGAAUAUCGUUUGAAAUGUCGAAUACAAUUUGACUAAGAAUAAAAGAACUUCUAGAGUAUGACCAAGUGAACUUUAGUAAAAAUAUUUGACAUUUUCUAUAUUAGAAACAGAAAUUGUGAGUUUUUUGUUCUCGAAAAACAGUAACCAGUGUGUAAACAAAUCAAAAGUUUUCAAAAAAUUUGUGCAAAUGUAGGAGCUUUCAAAAGAAAAAUAAGACUGAUUUGGCCGGUACAAAUUCUAAUAGAACUUCAAGAAGCGCUGAAAAUUUUUUUUCUGAAUCUCAAAAAUUUCUGCUUUUUUUUUUUUUUCUAAUUUUAGUUUAAACUCAUUUAAGUUUUCUAUAUUAGAAGUUAAAUGUAUUUGGCAUUUCAAAACUGUUAUUUAUUUAGUAAAAGUUAUAUAAGACAACGUUAAAAUUACAAUUAC